AUGAACAUCAGCAACGAACCUUUGUUUCAUCCCACCCCCGGUUGCUUCGUUCUUUUUCCUAUUCAGUAUGAUGACAUUUGGACGAUGUAUAAAAAGGCACAGGCCUGUUCCUGGACCGUCGAGGAGGUUGAUCUAUCCGAGGACUUAAAUCAUUGGAACGCUCUUAAGGAUGAAGAACACCACUUUAUAAAACACGUUCUUGCGUUCUUCGCUGCGAGCGAUGGGAUUGUAAAUGAAAAUUUGGCGAACCAUUUCAUGAAUGAGGUCCAGAUCGCAGAAGCUAGAUAUUUCUAUGGAUUUCAAAUCGCGAUGGAAAACGUACACUCAGAGAUGUACAGUCUGUUGAUACAAACUUACGUAAAGGACAUCGCCGAAAGUGCGCAACUCUUGAACGCGAUUGAGACGAUGAAUUGUGUGACGAAAAAAGCGGAGUGGGCGCUGCGAUGGAUACACGACACAGAAGCCACUUAUGGCGAACGAGUCGUGGCGUUCGCUGCCGUAGAGGGAAUCUUCUUCUCGGGCUCGUUCGCUGCUAUAUUCUGGCAGAAGAAAAGAGGUCUUAUGCCCGGGCUGUUGUUCAGUAAUGAACUGAUCAGCAGAGACGAGGGCUUACACUGCGAUUUCGCUUGUCUGAUGUUCAAGCACAUAAGGAACAAACCCACGCAGGACAUCGUUCGCGAUGCCGUGCGGAUUGAACAGGAGUUUCUGACCGAGGCGCUACCCGUGAAGUUGAUCGGUAUGAACUGUGAGAUGAUGGCACGAUACAUAAAAUACGUGGCCGACAGAUUGCUCGCAGAGCUGGGGUUCGCGAAGAUGUACAAGUCGCAAAACCCCUUCGAUUUCAUGGAAUUCAUAUCCUUGGAGGGCAAGACGAACUUCUUCGAGAAACGAGUAGGAGAAUACCAGAAACAAGGUUUAAUGGCAAAGAACAACGGACACUCGUUUGUACUCGAUGCCGACUUUUGAUCGUGAGCUGA